GAAAAAAAAAAAACACCCGAGCGGAGUAUUUGUGCAUUCCGGGUUGCGCUCGCGACUCCGCGCGGUUCUGCAAGACUGAGAAGAACUUUGUGCAUAUAUGCAUGUGCGUGUGCGUGUAUUUUUUUUUCGAUUGCGAUGCACCGGGAAUGCGCGAGCGCUCGUGACUUUUCGCGUGCGCAGUGAUCGGCUUUGGAGACAGCUCGGGAGCAUUUGUUGCGCGCGAGCCGGUCGGCUGUAAGCUCCUAGAGCGAGAGAGUCAGAAGGAACAUGGGCACGCUGCGCGACCUGCAGUACGCCUUGCAGGAGAAGAUCGAGGAGCUGAGACAGAGAGACACUCUGAUCGACGAGCUGGAGCUCGAGCUCGACCAGAAAGAUGAGCUGAUCCAGAAACUGCAGACCGAGUUGGAUAAGUACCGCUCGGUGAUCAAACCCGCCACGCAGCAGGUCCAGCAGAAACAGAACGAGCUUCAGGAACAGCACAGGACCAAACGGCAAGCCAUCUCAGCCGAGCCGACUGCCCUGGAUAUACAGGAACUCAGCCAAGUCACCCUGCCUUUCUACCCCAAGAGCCCAGAAUCCAAGGAGCUUAUCAAGGAGGCCAUUCUGGACAAUGAUUUCAUGAAGAACUUGGAGCUCUCUCAGAUUCAGGAGAUAGUGGAUUGCAUGUACCCGGUGGAAUAUGACAAAGAGAGCUGCAUUAUUAAAGAGGGCGACGUGGGCUCGCUCGUCUACGUUAUGGAAGAUGGCAAGGUGGAGGUGACCAAGGAGGGCAUGAAGCUGUGCACUAUGGGACCAGGCAAAGUGUUCGGCGAGCUGGCCAUCCUCUACAACUGCACACGCACUGCCACUGUUCAGACACUUACAAAUGUGAAGCUAUGGGCCAUUGACCGGCAGUGUUUUCAGACCAUCAUGAUGAGGACCGGACUCAUCAAGCAUGCCGAGUACAUGGAGUUCCUCAAAAGUGUUCCUACAUUCCAAGGCCUUCCAGAAGAAACACUCAGCAAACUCGCAGAUGUGCUGGAAGAGACUCACUAUAGUGAUGGAGAAUACAUAAUCAGACAGGGGGCUAGAGGAGACACCUUCUUCAUCAUCAGCAAAGGAAAGGUAAACGUUACCCGUGAGGAUUCGCCCAAUGACAUUGUUCAUCUGCGUGGCUUGGGGAAAGGGGACUGGUUUGGAGAGAAAGCUCUUCAAGGAGAAGACAUUCGAACAGCCAAUGUCAUUGCUGCUGAGGCUGUCACCUGCCUGGUCAUCGACAGAGAUUCAUUUAAGCAUUUGAUUGGAGGUCUGGAUGACGUCUCGAACAAAGGCUAUGAGGACGCUGGAGCCAAAGCAAAAUACGAGGCAGAAAAUGCCUUCUUCUCCAACCUGAAGCUGGUGGACUUCAACAUCAUUGACACCUUAGGGGUGGGAGGAUUUGGACGAGUCGAGCUGGUGCAGCUCAAAAGUGAUGAGACCAAAACAUUCGCCAUGAAGAUUCUGAAAAAGCGCCACAUUGUGGACACGCGCCAACAGGAACACAUCCGCUCUGAGAAGCACAUCAUGCAGGAGGCCCAUUCAGACUUUAUAGUGAGAUUAUACCGGACAUUUAAAGACAGCAAAUAUCUGUAUAUGCUGAUGGAAGCCUGUUUGGGAGGAGAACUAUGGACCAUUCUUCGAGAUAGGGGAUCUUUUGAAGACUCCACAACACGCUUUUACACAGCUUGUGUAGUGGAAGCCUUUGCUUAUUUGCAUUCCAAAGGGAUAAUUUACAGAGAUCUUAAGCCAGAAAACCUCAUCCUAGAUCACAGAGGCUACGCCAAGCUGGUGGACUUUGGUUUUGCCAAAAAGAUUGGAUUUGGCAAGAAGACAUGGACUUUCUGUGGAACACCUGAAUAUGUAGCCCCUGAAAUUAUUCUUAACAAAGGCCAUGACAUCUCAGCAGAUUACUGGUCACUUGGUAUUCUUAUGUAUGAACUCCUUACUGGCAGCCCACCGUUCUCAGGGCCUGAUCCGAUGAAGACAUACAAUAUAAUCUUAAGAGGUAUUGAUAUGAUUGAAUUUCCAAAGAAGAUCACCAAAAAUGCUGCCAAUCUCAUUAAGAAACUAUGCAGGGAUAAUCCAUCUGAGAGGCUGGGGAACUUAAAAAAUGGGGUGAAGGACAUCCAAAAGCAUAAAUGGUUUGAAGGCUUUAACUGGGAAGGGUUGCGCAAAGGGACUCUCACCCCUCCUAUUAUCCCUGAAGUGUCAUCACCCACCGACACCAGUAACUUCGACAGUUUCCCUGAGGACAACGAAGACCCACCACCUGAUGACAACUCAGGCUGGGACAACGAUUUCUGAUCCGAUAGGCCUGUCAGUCAAGACCUUCAGAACAACGUGGUGUUGAAUGACUGCUGUUCAAGAAGGCAAAGAAAGAAAGAAAAAAAAAAUAAGAAGAGUCCAGCUCUGGGUCACCAUGAUGCCUUUCCCAAUGCUGUUCCCAUUGGGAUGCCCAAGAUCCAUGAACAUCCAAGCCCAUUGUCCUGUGUGCUAAGCAUUGAAGACACACUAUAAUAGCUUUAUCACAUCGCAUUACUCUAUUCCUAGACCCUCAUACUUCUGUUGUAUUUGCUUUUUACUGCUUGGAGUUACACCUAAUGACAGGAUGCUAUUUAAGUUCAGUGCUCAUUUGCUUGUCUGAACUUUAGUUUCUUAACCAGUGUAAUAGUAUAAUAUACUUGUGUAUAUAUGGUUCUUAUACAUUUGGAAAGUUUAACACAUUGUCAUUAUACAGUAAAGACAUACAUGAUCAGUUUUACAAAGACAGAUUGCGUUAAUAUGAAUUAAUGCCCUUCCACUUUAAUGCUUUUCCUCCACAACUAUAUUCGGAAUAUAUUCAAAAUAUUCAUAACUGUUAUUUGCCCUUAAAUGCUCUCAAACCAUCUCUGUAUCCUUCAUUAUAUUCGAAACUCCAACCUUUCACUCACUUUCUUAUACUGAAUGUGUCUUAGGCAAGGGUCAGUGUCUACAGGUUUACACCACCAGAGGGCAGUCUAUGACACACAAGCCAAACAAUGCGCCGCGUGCAUUGCGAUAAGUUAACAAAUCAGCAACCAAUCAUCGUGUACAUGCUGCUAUAGGAUUCGCUCUGUCAUCAUCGCUGGCAACAUUCAAUACAAAACCACAAUCGUCCAAUCAUUGAUGGCUAGACGACUGCCCGAAGGCUGACAAUAGCUUGAACACAAACUACUGUGCUGGAAAACAAAUUAAGGAUUUUUAUUUAUUGUAGGACCAGAAAUAAAUAUUUAUGUACAUACUCAGUGCUGAUAUUUUGUGAUACUUGUAGAAAAAGAAAAAAAAUUGUCAGUUAAAGCUGGCUCUGUUAUUUAAUUUGUUUGGAAUAUGUUUUAUCUGUAUGGUACUUUGUAGAAAUUCGUUGAUCUCUACUGUGCACCUCGUGUCCAAAACUUGAUGAUGGACAGUUUGUGCUUAUUGUUUUUUUGUUUCAUUUUUUCUGGUAUUAUUGGAAGUGCCUUAAUUCAAUGGCAUUCGAUAUAGACCCGUUGGUACUGAUGCUGCAUGACUAGGUGAACACCUCAAAUAUGUAAUCCUUACUUGUUGGUGGCUUUUUUUAAAGUUCAGCGAUUUCAAUGCCUUUUUUCUUACAAUAAAAACUUCAAUCAUA